AUGGAGACGGAGCAAACGGCUGCGAGUUGUCCUGCCCUGGGCCAAACUCCUGUCAGGAGCUGGCUCUCCUCCAGCUCCAGAGGGGCACCCAGCCACCCCCCCUCCCGUUUCUCUGGAGACGGGGUCCGCUACAAAGCCAAGCUCAUCGGUGUGGACCAUGUGCCGAACGCCCCGGGACACAAGAUGUGCUGGGACUCCAUGAUGAAGCUAAAGGGCUUUGAGGCGGCAGCGAGGAAGCAGGGGAGACACAAGCAGAGAGUCUGGUUGAAAGUUUCCUCCAGCGGCCUGAGAAUAGUGGAUGAAAGGACCGGGGCUGUACUUCAUGACCACGACCGGAGCGGGAUCAGUUCUCUGAUGAGAGACGAGUCUGACCCCAGAGCUCUGGCCUACGUCUACCAACACCAAGACACAUACUGCCUCUUCUACAUCAAGACGGCAAACCUGGCAGACCCGGUCCUGGUUGACAUUGAGGAAGUUUCUAAGAUGGUGGACCAGGAGACAACUGAGGAACCAGCAGAGGCACCGACACAAACUAAUUCCUUACUGCUACUCAAUGACAGUUCAGCCCCAGCAGCUGAGGAACCAGCUUUGGAGGAAGUGCUCAGUCCACGGAAAGAUUCUUCCCCUGGAAACUUAGACCAGGCCUCUUCCAGUAGCGAGCUGAUGGCGGUUUUCUCGAUCCAAAUGGAGGAGCCGCUGAUAACCGACCAGAGCUCCUGCGCCAGUCAGCCAGAGUCUCCACAUCAUACUCUCUCCUCCUCUCAGAUCCUCUCCAUGUUCCCCACUCAACCAGCAGGGGGCACUCCUUACUCCUCGCCCCCAUGCUCUCCCACCUCCAUGCCCUGGGGCCAUCAGGGGCUUCUGGGUAAUCAGUGGGCAGGUCCAGCUGCAGUGCCCUGGCCCACAAUGCCCAGUAGUCCGCCAGCAUGGCCCCCUGCAGGAUACCCAGGGCCCCCUGCAGGAUACCCAGGGCCCCCAGCAGGAUACCCAGGGCCCCCUGCAGGAUACCCAGGGCCCCCAGCAGGAUACCCAGGGCCCCCUGCAGGAUACCCAGGGCCCCCAGCAGGAUACCAAGGGCCCCCUGCAGGAGGCCAGUUUCUGUCGCAUGGCCCUCAGCCAGGAGCUGUGAUGGGAGGAAACUCACCCGCCUCACCCACAGCUGUCAGUGGGUACCCCUCCCCUCUAAACUCCCUCUACGCCCCCACUGGAGCAACAGCACCGCUGCAGUCAGUCACCCCCACCUUGUACCAAAAUCUCCUCCUGUAAAGAACUGAGUUGAAAAUAUGUUAUCAAGAUGAUGCUCAUUUAGGUCCACUAAAAUGUGUAUUUCAUUUUUCAUUCUUUCUUUCAUUUGCACGUAAUCAAAUAUUUGUUCUGCUGCCUGAUCAAACUGGAAGAUCAAAACCAUUUACUUUGUUCAGUUUAAACAGACAGUAAAUGAUAACUCGUAACAACAUACUGUAGUAUGUUGUUACGAGUUAUCAUUUACUGUCUGUUUAAACUGAACAAAAGAAACACUUGUACUGCUAUUGUUUAAUACAAUUGAAUUUAUAGUUCACAAAUCACAAAGUAUUAUGAUUAUUAAAGAUAGUAUAGUUUCAUUACCCCUGCUGAUACACUAGGUUGUGUUUUAUGAGUUUUACUGACACUUGAAAUUACUUUUAAUUUCUUUAACAGAUAUAAGUUAGUUAAUGUAAUGUUCAUCAGAAUUAAAUGCAGAACAUAAAAGGAAACUCACUUAACUUUGUUUCUAAUUUCCUUCAAACUAAAGCAUCUCACUGUGUCUUCGGUUUUAUUAUAUAAUUAUAUCAUUGUGUGGACGUUCUUAUUGAAAUAGAAAGUAUAUAAAUUAGUGCUGUC